ACAUGGACCCGAACCUGAGGGUUCCGGGGAGAUCCGGAGACAGGGUGCCGGUUCCCGGGCUCCCGGCUGCUCCCCUAGUGCCCCCCGCCCCGAUGAGGAGGAGAGAAGAAUUAGACACGAAACUAAGGGGUUAAAAUGCAAAUAGUGUUCAAAUCGCAUGCAGAUUAUAUUUAAAUUAAGAAAUUAAUAUGUUCAAAAACAGGAGAAAAACACUCAGAUUAAUCACAAAUUAUAUGUUAAUUGUAUGCAAAUUCAGCGUGCAAACCACUUGUAAUGUCGCCCUCCCAGUCAAAAGCAAUCUGCAUGUAAAUAAUAUGUAAACCGGCCAUGCAAAUGAACCACCAAUGAUAUGCAAAUGUAAUGCAAACAGACCUGUGGGUUGCGGCGCAUGGGCAUUCCCGUCUACCCCAAGGUUGGUAGGUCCCCCAGGCCUUUUCCAUGGCAACUGUCAUUCGGGCGGUCUCCAUGGUGACCGCGUGGCGGGGUGUGGCGGGGCUGGUGCUCCGGCAGGGGCGGGGGCUGUUGCGGGCGUCCCCCCUCCCCUGCUCCAAGCCUAGAGGAACCAGGAGUUUCGGUGUCCGAGCAGCUGCCAUGGCGCCCGUCAAGGUUGGAGACAAGCUGCCCAGUGUGGAGGUGUACGAGGGGGACCCUGGCACCAAGGUGGAUGUGGCCGCACUCUUCAAGGGAAAGAAGGGGAUUCUCUUUGGGGUGCCUGGUGCCUUCACCCCUGGCUGCUCCAAGACCCACUUGCCGGGCUACGUGGAACAGGCUGGGGCCCUGAAGGCCAAGGGAGUGGAGCUGAUCGCCUGCCUGGCCGUGAACGAUGUCUUCGUCAUGAGCGAGUGGGGCAAAGCCCACGGGGCCCAGGGCAAGGUGCGGAUGCUGGCUGACCCCACCGGAGCCUUCGGAAAGGCUACGGAACUGCUGCUGGACAAGGAGACCCUGCGUGACCUCUUUGGGACCAACCGCUGCAAAAGGUUCUCCAUGGUGCUGGAGAAUGGUGUGGUGAAGGCUCUCAACGUGGAGGAGGAUGGAACAGGGCUGACCUGCAGCCUGGCCAACAACAUCCUCUCUCAGCUCUGAGCACCAGGACACCAGGGUCCCUCCUGCUGCUGCCCCCUCCCCGCCCCCCCCCAGCCCUAGCACCAGGAGCGGGGCAGCACACCAUCCUUUCCAUGCAUGAUAUGAUGGUCUCCCCCUGGGAUACUGCUGCUGCUGCUCCUGCUGUCAUGGGCUUGGCCUCUAGAGGGCACUCAUGCUCUGAUGGUGGUGUACUGCCCCACCAUGCUGUGUAUCAACGGGAAUAAACGGCUCUUGCCA